AUGUUCAAAAAAGAUAGAAAAAUAGAUCUUGAAAAGCAGCAAAAAUCGCUGCCGGUAGAGAUCUCAAAGGAGGAUUUGGUUCAGUGGGAGAAAGAAGACCGGCAAUGCCGGAUUAUCUGGCUCUCUGUCGCGUUGAUUUAUACGAUUUGGAUGUGCUACAGUUUAGGACCUCAAUCCGUCCCCGAGAAGUGCAUUUCUAUCAAUGGACAACAAAGCAUCGAAAUCGACUUCCCAAGAACCGAUUAUAUCACUUCGAAUAUGUACUGCCGCCAGAGCUGCCGAUACGACUGGAAAGCCAACUGUUUGAGCGGCAGGACCGUUACUGAAGAUCAAUUUGAACAGUACAGAAAUCAGACCAUCGAAAUCAUGGUCAACUUCCCUAACUACCAAAACUAUUGGCUCUUCGCGAACGGGACUCAUAUUCGCGUCCUUGAAGUGACCUGGCCGAAGACUGUCAAUAAUACUGUACAAACGAAGAUCAGAAGUGGCGAUCCAAACGAGUCGCACUCGACAAUCUGCAUUUACAACACGACCUGUGGCGCAGACUACUUUUGGCGUAUUCCAUCCCCUUUCAAUUCCAACGCGUAA